CUGUUGGCUUUGGGUCCCUUCCUAUAAAAACCUAGUUAGGCAAAAGAAAACGACAAUAAUUUUUUUUUUGAUGUAAAGAAGAAAAACAAAAAGAGCAGAUCCAGUUGAUCUCAAGAUCGCAUCUGAAUCAUAUAAUAGCAUGAUCAAAGAGGAGACCGUUUCAUACUUCCAAACUUUCGAUGGUGUUAUGGCAGAAUCUGACAAGUUUUACUGCAUCUGAUAAAAGUCAACUUGCUUGUUCGGAAAUGGUCUCGAGUAUCGAAAGUUCAUUAUUUUUUUUGGGACGGUUAUUUAAUGCUCAAGGAUACCAAGAUUUUCCGGUAUUUAGAAAACUUCGGAUGAAAACAUUUAUAAUUAAGAUCCGCUCUAAUUAAUAUAGGUCGGAUCGAUCCAUUUUUUUUCUUUUUUUCUUUAUUGGCAUUCGAUCAUGUUCACUUUUAUAAUACUAUUUACUUUGUGUGUAUUGAGAACUAUUUAUCGUAGAAGUUUAGAAGAUAGGUCCAAACAGUUUUUAGAUAAAAAGUGAAUAUAAAUGUGUCUUGGAUAUUACAGGAAGAGGAGCUUGAUGCAACAAAAGCAAAGGUGGAGAAAGUUCGGGAAGAAAAUGAGAAAUUAAAGCUCUUACUCUCUACGAUUCUUAAUAAUUACAACUCUCUUCAAAUGCAAGUCUCUAAAGUUCUCGGACAACAACAAGGAGCUUCGUCUAUGGAGCUAGACCACAUUGAUCGUCAAGAUGAAAAUAACGACUAUGAUGUGGAUAUAUCACUUAGGCUUGGAAGAUCAGAGCAAAAGAUCUCUAAAAAGGAGGAAAAUAAGGUGGACAAGAUUUCUACUAAGAACGUAGAGGAGUCAAAAGAUAAAAGAUCUGCACUGGGUUUUGGAUUUCAGAUUCAAAGCUAUGAAGCCUCGAAACUAGAUGAUCUUUGUAGGCAGGUUAAGCUUGCAAACGCUGAAAAUAAAUGUGUAUCUUCGAGGAAAGAUGUCAAAUCAGUUAGAAAUGAAAACCAUCAAGAUGUUUUGGAGGAGCAUGAACAAACAGGUUUGAAGAAAACUAGGGUUUGUGUUAAAGCAUCAUGUGAAGACCCAUCAAUAAACGACGGUUGCCAGUGGAGGAAAUAUGGUCAAAAGACUGCGAAAACCAAUCCUCUCCCACGAGCCUAUUACCGUUGCUCCAUGUCGUCAAAUUGUCCCGUUAGAAAACAGGUGCAAAGAUGUGGAGAAGAAGAAACCUCCGCUUUUAUGACAACGUACGAAGGAAACCAUGACCAUCCUCUCCCCAUGGAAGCAAGCCACAUGGCAGCUGGAACUUCCGCGGCUGCCUCCUUAUUACAAUCUGGCUCCUCCUCUUCCUCCUCCUCCACCUCAGCGAGUCUAAGCUAUUUCUUCCCUUUUCACCACUUCUCUAUCUCCACCACUAACUCGCACCCGACUGUAACAUUGGACCUCACACGACCAAACUAUCCCAAUCAGUUACCAGACGACUACCCUCUAUCGUCCUCCUCUUUCAGUCUCAACUUUUCCUCUCCAGAUCCUCCACCUCCAUCAUCGCAUGACCACACCUUGAACUUUAGUGGCUUGCGAACACAAGCUCCGUUGAGUACAGAUUCAUUAUUGGCCCGUUAUCGAACGAGACUUUCCGGACAGCAAUAAGCCAGUAACUGUAUCGGUAUAGCUAGACACAAGUCUAGAAAGUAACUGAUUUCCGUUUUCUUUGUCAUUCAUUUGUUUUUCAGCCUCUGAAAGAGAGAUCUGGUUUUGGCAUGAUAUGCAAAAUGCUUAUAUACUUGUAGAUAUCCAAAUGUUUAAAUUAGUGGAUUACCUAUCAUAUCAUGGAUUAUAUAUGUAUAUGAAGGUUUUGUAAAUUAAUGGUCUACACAAAUUUGAUACACCAAAUAUUUUUUUAUGCUUAUAAAAAUUUUAAAUACAAUGUUAAUUUUUUU